AUGGCAGAUGCUAGACGUUUACCAGUAUUAACUAUGAUUGCACCGGUUCUUGCAAAAACUAAGCCCUAUAUAGGCCAAGAACCUCCUGAUGAUUAUUUAGAUAGACUUAUUCAAUCAAUAUCAUUUGCACAAGGACAUAUGACUGUUCUUGAAAAUGCAAAUGCUGGAGAUUUCGAUGAUGUUGUCAAAUGUGAUAUUUUUAAAGCUCAGAUGGGAGGAAAAUAUUUACCAGUUCCUGCCCAAGAUCCAUAUAAUGGAAAUGCUAAUAUUAAUUCUCCAGCUACUUUACGUGCUUGGAUGAGAUCACAUUAUCAACGAGAAACAGUAGGUGUAGCAGAUAAUGAUGCACCAACUAUAGGAUUUCUUAAGAACCACUUAUCAGGUGAUCUUUAUACAUGGAUGCGAGCUGUCGCUCCUGCUGGUAUUAAUGCAUUUUUUACAAAUCUAAAAGACAUGUGGCUGGAGCGUGCUCCCAAUUUAAAUGGAAACCAAAAUUAUCAGAAUAAUUCUUCAGCUGAGAUUGAAAAGUUAAAUUCCCAAAUAGUAUCUCUACAGGCGCAACUAGCACAACCGGCUCAAUUAGCGGAAUCAAUGCAGGUGCAUUCUAAACUUGCCCAACGUUUACAGCUACCAGAAAAUGUAGUUAAUUCAAAUAAUGCUUCAAUCUUUGAUAAUUAUAUUAAUCAAGAAUUGGAAAAAAGAUUAGGAGUAAUCGAAAUUAAUUUAGCCAACCCUAUAAAAAGGCAAACUCACCAAACUCGAUUGGAAAAAAGAUUAGAACGAAUUGAAACCCACUUAGCUAAAUUUGCUAGAAAAGAUACCAGAGAUACCAAAACACCACAGCGACAACGCUCGGAGUCCUCACCUUUUGGAGGAUUGGAAAAAAGAUUAGGACAAAUCGAAGCCUUAUUGGCUAAACUCGCUAAAGAUUCCAAAUCCAGAAGUAGUCGAGUUCAUAUGGCUACAGUAGAUGAACAGUCUAAUCCCAUUUUUUCUGAUGAUGAUACAUUAAAACCUGAGGACAAUGAUUAUAACUCUGAUAAUUCGUCAGCCGUGAAUUACGCUGAGCAACGUGAGUAUCCUGAUAAAUCCUCAAAGUCUAAGGUGUCUAAUAAAUAUGAGCUUCGUAAGGUAAAGCAAGACAAUAAUGUGUCUUCUACCCAUAAUGCCUCAUCAGAUAAAGAUAGUCAUGGUAAGCGUGUGUCUUUAGAAGAAACUAUUCGCAAAAUCAUUCAGAUUGAAUUUGAGAAUUAUCUUCCGUACAUAAUUCAGCAAGCUAAAAAGUGUGCACCUGCCUUAGCUCAAGAUUCAGAUAAAGAGGAUGUUUUGGAUGGACCCAUGGAGAUAGAUUUCGUCAAAAAGAAGGAGCCCACCACAAGCAUUGCAUCUAUAAAAUGCAAGAUUAAGCGUCUUAAAAUUCCAGCUAUGGCACUGGACUCUUGUGCCGAACUUCCCAUUAUAACACCUGAUAUUGUUGAGCGCGUAGGAUAUGGAAUCGACAAAUCUAUAAAACAUGAUCUUAGUGGUAUUGCUACUGUGCCGGUUGAAUCUAUUGGAGUCGUCCACAAUUUACCGAUAACCUUAGCUCCUGGAUUUACUAUAUAUGAAGAUUUUAUAGUUGUAAAAUACUCUAAGCCAAUGCUAAUAUUUUUGAACCCUCUUCUUAAGAAAUAUAAAUGUGCAAUUGACUGGGACAAAGAUGAAUUAAAGAUUUCUCAUAACGGCAAGGAUUUAAUUAUUCCAGUCACCAUGCACAAAGUCAAGAACAAGCUCGAGGUGAAUUGUGUAACCACUACUCCCGAAUGUGAUAAAUCCUCGAUUCCGGACCAAGUGGACUUGAACGCGAAUGAGACAUUAAAAAAAAAGUGA